AGAGAGAGGACGAUAGUCCGGAGGUUGAAAGCAGAGAGGGGACCUACACGGUACGAAGCACCCCUCGUAGCCUCGCCAGUGGUUCAGUCAGCGCUUCGCACCGGCGUCGCUUUACCUACGCUCCUCGCUCUUGUGAUUCUCGUCGGGCACGUCCUCGCGUGCAUAUCAUCCCUAUGCCUGGUCGUCUCGCGAAAUCAAUGAGCCCACGUAUCGGCAGGCACCUCCGGGCCUCGUUCGAAUAACCGCGGUCAUAAAGCCGUGUCGUAUCGGCACGAGAUAUCUGCCGGGAGAGAGGAAGCGCGUGUGCGAGAGAGAGAGAGAGAGAGAGAGAGAGAGAGAGAGAAGAGAAAAGAGGAAAAGAAAGAACGAGAAUUAGUCCUCUGAUAAACGAACUCGUGUGGAAAUUUUAACUGUCGAGGCUGCCACUUGUCGUUGUCUUUGUCCAAAGAGCACGGAGUGAAAGAGACAAAAGAGCAACGGGGAGAGAUCGAAAGGGAAAAGAAAGGGAGAGUGCAUCGUAACGAGUGUAGGGAGAGGAACCAUAGCGUGGACGAGAUCAAGAGAAGCAAUCGAGGACCUGAACGGGUCCUUAACGUUCAGGACGGUGUAUGUCUCGGACUCCGUUUUCCAGCUUUUCCUCCGGCAACGCUCUGUCUACAUUCCUGAGCUGGAGGCGUGCGGCCGACUUCUGUGCUGCGUGCAGAGGCUCUGCAGAAGCGGAAGUGCCGACGAACCCGAGCAUCGGAUCAACCGCGGCCGAAGAGGUGCACAAGCGGAGCCAGAAGUGGAUGGUCCCUCGGGCCCGGAGGAUGGAAUGCUCGCUAUGCCCGUCAGCCCGAGUCCUGCGUCCACCUCGUCGCAGGAGGAUGCUUGCAAGCCGCCACCGCGUAACUGCUACCGUCUCGUCAUGCUCGGCAGUGCUCGCGUUGGAAAGACCGCUAUUGUAGCACGGUUUCUGUCCAACAAAUUCGAGGAGAGCUACACGCCGACGAUAGAAGAUUUUCACAGGAAACUCUACAGGAUCAGAGGCGAGGUUCACCAGCUUGAUCUUCUGGAUACAAGCGGAAACCAUCCGUUUCCGGCCAUGCGACGAUUGUCUUUCCUGACGGGGGACCUCUUCGUCGUGGUGUUCAGUAUGGACUGUCGGGAAUCCUUCGAGGAAGCCAUCAGGCUGAGAGAGGCGAUCCUCGAGACCAAAGUGAGCGCGACCCAAAGUGCCACGAAGAGCAGGAGCAGGAGCCACUACAGCCUGAAGGUCCCUAUGGUCAUCGUGGGGAAUAAAUGUGAUAAAGACGUCAAGACGGUCACCGUGGAGGAAGCCGAGCAAUACUGCGUGAGCCAAGACGAGUGCUGCAUCUUCGUGGAAGUAUCCGCGAAGCGGAACUACCACGUGGACGAGCUUUUCUACCAGCUAUUUGUGGUGGCGGGUUUACCGCUGGAGAUGGCGCCUAAUCACCACAGAAAAGUACCGCUCACCUUCGGCUCGCCCACUAUGUUACCACCGUCGCAGCCGCGACACAAAGCCACUCUCAGUAUAAAGCGCCGGCUGAGCGAUGCUUGCGGCGUCGUCGCGCCGAACGUACGGCGUCCCAGCAUCAGGACGGACCUGAUGAUCAUGAGGACGAAGACCUGCUCGCUCGCGGCCGGGAACGAGAACAACGCGCCAGGAUCCAGGAUCACGCUGCGAACAUCGGAGUCCAGGAAGGCCUGCUCGAUACAGUGAUAUAUAAUCUCUUCGGACAAUUCCCGCGGACAAAUUUCAGGCGGAUACGAAGUUACACACGCGUUACGCAAGAGCGAUCUUCGGAAACGAGCUGCCACCCGUCUCCCUGUUUGUUGUCACGUUGACGCUGUCGCCGCACAGCCUACGCUGUUCGCGCCGAAAUAUUGAUUUCGUUAUUUGCUUCGGCGUUCGCACACGCUGUCGUUAAUUAUUGUCAUAUUCAUCCAUUUAUAAUUGAGAUUUCCUUCGAGUAUCUCUCUCGCGUGGCGAGAAGAAUCAGACCUAUUCGACGGUUCGGAGAGAUUGUAAAUACAUUGUAAAUUGCACGCGACUACGGAGAGCACUCGGGAGAUUGUGCGAUCGUCAGAAUUCACCGCGCAGAGACAAUGGCGGGGCGAGAAUGCUCGCGAACGAAGAUCGCCGAGAGAAAAUCAUAUUUAAACCGACCACGCUACUCGCCUUAAUUAAUUAACGGAAUAUAGCUUUAGCGUAAUGUCCCGAAGGUAACACGUAUAAUUAACUUAAGAUGAAACCGAGGGCGAGAGAGGGAGAGAGAGAGAGAGAGAGAAAAAAAGAGAGAGAGAGGAAGAGAGGAGAGGGAGAGAAAUAAAGGUAAGCCGUUACGUUAAUUAAUCGUCGUCGAUCAAACACUUAACGGGAAAUCAAUACGCGAACGCGAGUGAGAUCGUUUGACAUUUGAUCGCAGGAUCCUCCGGCAAUAUCAGGAUGAUCAAAUCGCGCAUGAAGGAGACAGAAAGAGAGAGAGAGAGAGAGAGAGAGAGAGAGA